GGUCACGUGUACAUCACGGGGAACUUAUUACGUUUACGUUCAACGUCACUUUGAAUACGUCUAACAUAGCCGGGAUCAGCGAAACUGGAAACGUAUCCUUUGUCAUUUGGGCAACGAAUAUGGAGAUGAUACAGAAGAGUCAGAUAAUUGAAUACCAUGAGCUACUGACAUCUCCAAAUGGCACCGUGCUGGAACUGGAAGGUUAUGAUGCCUUCGAUGUAGAGGGGAUUGAUGGAGUCCAGACGAGCGUACAUAUUACUGUUCCCUUGUUACUGAACGAUUCCCUUGUGAGAGAGCUCUGCGGUUCUAUCCAUAUGAAAGUCGCAGCCUCGGCCCGCCUCGGAUCCCUGUGCCGUCCCAGUAUCAACACCACGUACACUGACGGUAACACGAACAGUUCUGACGUUUUGCUCGGGGAGUACGUUUUCCUGGAGCUACCGGAACUGGAGGUGUUUCCAGGUAACCCCAGCAACCUCGACAUGAAGGAGAGGUCUAGACUGACUUCCCGUAUCCAUUUUCGGUCUGGAACACUGGGACCAUCUCUGUAUAAAGUCUACAUGCCUAACAACGUCACCAUCACCCCAGAUGCUGUAAAUAUGUAUGAAGAGGAGCCCUUUCUGACAGCGACGGACUUCCAGCUGGUGGGUCGGGGUGGGCUGGACGAUAGCUCGGACGCGGCUAUCGGAGUCGUCGAGGCGCUGUAUGAAUCCAACUCGCGGUCGUCGGAGAGUGACGAGAUUCUUUAUAAUAUACCUGAGCUGAUUCUUGAUCUUAGAGAUUUCGAAAACGAUGUAAGUCAGGUGAGUGUUCAGUCUGACACCGGAAACAACACGGCUUUUGCGGAGCUGGACUUCCUGUUAGAGGUGGAGAGCCUGGACUUCGUGGGCGCCUACGAGGAGGAAGCCAUGAUGGUGUGUUACGUGCUGGACACGCGGACCGGCUUCCUGUUGGUCCGGAACACCACUCUCACCGUCAAUAGGACUAGAGGGUCGGGACGGUCGCUGGAGCCCAGCCUCAACUUCUCUAUAGAGUUUGAGGAAGAGUUUAAAGCAACGAGAACGUGCGGCCCGAAGAUGCAGUUCCUUGCUACUAUCUGGCACGAGAACGCGUCGUGGAGCUCAGCGUAUGACGUCAGCCUCGUGCUUUACUUGCCGCCCCAGUUACACGACGUCUCCGUCUCCAGGCCACGUGACUUUAUCAAGCGAAAUAACCGCGCUGCUGUUACACUGGACAGACAAACAGUUGUGUUGGAACUAUUGCGGGUGUCAUUCGCCCAUCGUCCCCGGAUCUACAUCAACCUGACAGUUGACCACGACUCUCCCGCGUUCCGAGCCGGUCGUCCUUUCCCCGUGCACGCAGACCUCGUAUACAACGGUUGGCGGGAGGUCCAGGACAGGGGAUUCAUGCAGUCUGUGGUGGUUACACAUGGCAAUGCUGCGGUUUUAGGCGAUGUGACUUCUGACGAACUAGAACCAGCGUGCAAAUGCUCCGACGAUCGCACGUGCGCUCGAGAUGUGACGGCAGUUUGUGCUGGUUGCACGAAGCAGUGGAAGUGUAUCAAAACGUUGGCAGACUUCGGUGAACCAACAGCUUUGAUUGAUGCCACGAAUGCUCGAAUAUUUUACUGCAGCAAUACGACCAGGGAAAGAUACAAAGGUCAUGGUGGGAACUGUUUUGCAGAAAUUCGGCUCGGUCAAAACGUCACCAGACGGGCGCUAUCGCCUAUCCUUGGGACGCUGGUUGGGCUGCAGACCAGCACCGGUCACGUGUUCGGGAUCUCCAGUAAUGGGUUAGCCUAUAUGACGUCACGGGAUUUCGGAGUCACAUGGUUCAGCGUUUCACCGGGGUUCGUGACGUCAGCAAUGAAGCGGAGAGACUUCAUAAAGGCCGUCGUGGUUGACGUCAACCAGUUAACCGCUUAUCUUUAUCGCGAAACUUAA